AUGCUAGAGUCAGUACGAACGUACAUCUACGACCGCCGGAAAGGCCUAUCUAUAACAGCCUUCUGCGUUGGUGGCCUUUAUAUCGCAAAACGAUACUUCAAUGACAGGCUGGAAGAGGUCAAAGAUGGCAUGGAGCAGGAGAGAAGCGCGCGCGAGACUUUGAAGCGAAGGUUCGCGCAGACACAGGAAGAUGUGUCGUAUAUGAUCCUUGCUCUCAUUCCGGACCUUGCGGAACAGAUUAUCGAGGGUAUGGAUAUCGAGGCGUUGACUCGAGAAUUACAAGCUCGGUCGAGGGUGCGGCAAGGGAGGCUGAUAGAGCGGCCGCCGUCGAGUGUUGCUUCGAGCAUUGAUGUUGUUCAUAACGUCGACCAAGAACUGCAGGAAACGCGCUCGGAUGCUGGGUCCGUGGUGGUGGUUGAUGAGGGCCAGCGGGAUAUGGCGACGAGUAUGACGAGCUGGAUCGAGGCGUCGUCCUCCUCCAUUGUGGUUACGGAGUCGUCGUCUUCUCCGCCCGGACACCACUUGCUCGCCGCGUCGUCCGAGUCGAUAAUUGAGGUUCAGUCGUCGCUCGGGGUUUUGACGAAUGAUUCGGGUGAUAAUUCUUCUGUGGCCGAUUCGGGAUUGUCGGACAGUAUGAUCAGCGCUUCGGACUUCAGUGGCCCAAGAACCAAAACUGAGUUAUGGAAUGAAGUCAAAAUGCUCACCUUCACGCGUACGCUAACGACGCUUUACUCAACAACACUAUUGACCCUGCUUACCACUAUCCAACUCACUAUUCUCGCUCACACGAAGUAUGUGCACUCGGUGUUGCAGCAGGAACGGUCAGAGCGUCUAAGGGAGAGGUUAGCUGCAGAGUUGACGAUGAGCAAUAUUUUGCUGGGGGGUGGGAGGGCGUUAGAGGAUUUGAUGGCCGGGACGGAGAUGGAGGGGGAAGGGGAGGAAGGAGGGAUUAGUGAAGAGGUCGAGAGUAAGUAUCUGACGCUUAGUUGGUGGUUGUUGCAUGUUGGAUGGAAGGAUGUGGGUGAGAGGGUGAGGAGGGGUGUCGAAGAGGUUUUUGAUGGGGUAUCUUUAAAAAGCAAGCUUGCGGCAAAGGACUUGCAUAGGCUGCUUAGUGAUGUGCGUAAGAAGGUAGAGCGUGUUGAUGGUACUGACCGACGGACGAGUUUUGCAUCAGUCCUCUUCCCACCGACACCUGAAACGAUCCAGCAUGUAUUGAUCCAAGGUGGUUUCCAGCAAACGCGGAUAGAUUAUGAAGAAUCGGCGUUUACCGCCCUCCUUGAAGAGACGCGCUCGGUGUUUGCGUCUUCUGAUUUCUCAUUGGUUCUCCAGACGUGUUUAGAUCAAGCUGCGCAGACGCUGUUGGCUCAUCUGGAGUCAAAAGUGUUUGUGGACAGUGCGACUUCUAUUGGUUCGCAGGAAGAUGUCAGAAUUAGGUUGGCGGGAUUGUUACCCGGCCUUGCGGGGUGGAGUAUGGAGGCGAUGAGGGGUGUUCCUAAUGAGUUGGUUGAUGGCUUGUUGAAUUUGAGAGAGGUCAAGGCCCUUUCUGCGAUUGUCUUUUCAAGAUUUGAGGAGAAGUACCGAUGAGUAAACGAUAUACCCCAUAAUGAUUGAUAGAUACGUUAUAUCUGGCGUAUGUACAGCAAAGUAAUAAUUCUGGUGGCAGUGGGC